AUGGCUCCGCAAUUAUCUCUCGGGGGGUUCCUGAAAUACAUCGAGGCAUUCAAUGCCAGAGACUACAAGGCUCAACAUGACUUCUACCACAAGGAUGUGACUCUUGUAAUUCCCGAUCCGGAAAUCGGCACUCUGAUCGGAUCAAAGGGUAUCAUGGAUCACUAUGCCGUGGUUCAUGCAGAUGCUCGCGAGACGGUCGUGCCAAUGUGUGUCAUGAUGGAUGACAAGCGAAUCUUCUUCAACAUGGAGGCCUAUUUCUAUUAUCUCAGAACGACCGACAAGGCAGUCCACAGCCACAAAGUCAACCCAGGUGACGUGAUUCGAGUGAAGGUCUGGGCAAUCUACGAUAUGGUAGAUGGCAAAAUGCAUCGGAUUACCUGCAAUGCUCUUGGCGACGAGCUGUUGGGUCAGGUUAAUGUCAAUGACCUGAUCAAGGAGAGCUGGAGUCGUGUCGAUGAUGAUAUUAAAGCGAAUUGGGGUCCCAAGUCUUUCCUGUGA